CCGAGCCUUUACGUAGCUCUUCUACUUUUGUGCCUUAUCGUUCCUAGCAGCUACCCUAAGUUGCUCAUCUUCUUUCUCCUCCAAAAGGGCUAGCCUUUUUGGCUUAAAUGUGAAGUAAUUGGCACUUUCUGGAAUGGGUUUGCAGAAGUUUCUUCAAUUGUGUAUUUUCCUAGCUGUAAUGGCGGUGGGAGUAUUAAUAAACUCAGCUGAACCCACUGUUCUUCUCCGUUUUACUCGUGUACCUGCGCCUCAGUCAAGGUUCUCUACUGCCAUUUUUAGAUACUCUGUUCAAAGACUGAAUGGUUCCAACGCAUGUAAAAACAAUGGUUGUUCCAUUUCCUGCGAGCUAGAUGGGCAAGCUCUGAGACUUUGUCCGGCUGAUAGAAUAGUAAUGAAAAACUUAACUGUAAACCGCAAGCACAAAUUUGUUCUCAAUGUCACCACUUGGGAUGGAGAGACAAACUGGUCAGCUUAUUCGUGGUUCAUUGAUACAAUACCGCCAACUGCAACGAUUCACAGCGAACAGACUUAUACCAAUGCGGAAACAUUAGCCGUUGAUGUUACAUUCAGUGAACCUUGCACUGGACAGGGUGGUUUCAAGUGUGUAAACUCAUCCAACUGCAAUGUCAUGCUAAAUGGUCCUGCCCAGGUACGAGCAUCUUCACUAAGGAUUAUGGAACCUGGAAUCAAAUACGGCCUAGAUAUACUUCUCUCCUCGAGAAGCAUGUAUGGACGAGUGGUGAUCACAAUGGCAGAUGAUUUUUGUACAGAUAAGGCAGGAAACCAUUUCAUAAGAACAAAUGGUUCCACAGUAAUCAUUCACUUUGAUAGGAGGCCAGUGCUGGUGGAUUUAUGGACGUCUGUUUCAUCCUAUGAGUUGGUAAUUAAUGGGGUUCCAAGAACUGUGCUUGCCACAAACAAAAUGGAGGACAUUGAAAUCUUCCUGGAUUUCAGCAUUCCCAUUAUAAAUUCAACAGAGCAGAUCCUAAGGGCAUUACAUGCAAACUCGGGUACCUUAAUACCUGUUCAUGAUAAAGUUCGAGGGAACCGCCGAUUUGUUUUCGAAAUCAAGAACAUAUCAAGUACAGAAAUCAUCACAGUUGAACUACAGGCUGGUUCAAUAAUUGGUCGGACAGGCACUCCAGUCUCACCUGUUGCCUCAAUUACAUUCCUAUUUGAUUCCACAAGCCCCUAUGUAUCGUUGAGUACAAGCUCACCAAGCAUUACAAAGGAGUCUAACAUCAAUGUCAUAGUCGAGUUUACAAAGCCAGUUUUUGGCUUUAAGGCCUCCAUGGUAAAAGUGGUUGGGGGGUCACUGAUAAGGUUUAAGGAACAUUCAAGAGCUCUCUACUCGUUGACAGUCCUGGCAGAAGCUCAGAAUUUGUUAUCAGUUACCAUUCCUGAAGGGAUAGUAAAAGAUAUUUCAGGAAAUCUUAAUCUGGGAUCCAACCAACUUGAAGUGAAACAUUAUUCAACCCCUGCAAUAUCCAUCGCACUACACACAUUUGUGACGGCGGGAACGGUUUCAACAGCACUGGCAGCUGCCAUUCUUUCAAUCUCAUCUGCAAAUCUCGGAGCAAUCAGCGCUGUUGCUUCUGGGAGUAACCAUGCUAUUGCUUUGGACCCAUCACUGAAUUUACAGGGAAUGGUUGGACAUCUGCAAGUGUUUGUCCUUUCCGACUGGUUCUCAGCAAACCAUCCAAUCGAAUAUUCUGAGACAACAAAAGGUCUUACGUGGAUCAUAGCUCGCCAAAAGCUUCCAUGGAAUAGGGGUUGCGCUUCUACAUGGCCCAACUAUAUUUAUUUAGCUGAAGGGAACCUUGCAGGAAAAUUGAGUGGCUUUGGAAGGUCUUCUCAUGAAAUGCCUCACCAGCCAAUUGGCUUAAAUAUGACCAACUCAUCUUAUACACAACCUGAACGACCGUUCCCAAUCAAGAUUGACCCUAUGUCGGCUUGGCUCCAUGGAAAGCACGACAUUAGCUUUAAAAGUACUGCUUUUGGGCUACCUCUCGACUCCAAUGAAUACUUCAUCCAUUUCUUGAGAGGAGAGCCAAUAUCUGCUAGCGAUGCUGUCAAGACGCUGGAGAAUUACAAAGGGUGGCGAGACAUGGAAAUGAACUUAUUCUGGCUUGCUGUGGGAGGUGGUAGUUUACUAAUACUUCAUUUUCUAUUAAUAAUUUUCCUAAGAUGGAGAACAGGAACACCAGCACAUGGGAUACUUUCAGUACCCAGGUUUGAGCUUUUUCUUCUGAUUCUGAUGCUACCUUGUAUCUCUCAGUCUUCAGCUUUUGUCAUAAGAGGCGGUACACCGGUGGGCAUCAUCAUCGGGGCCUUGUUGUUAGCCAUCCCUGCAGCAUUUGUUUUAUCAGUGUGCCUCUUUCUCAUAAUCGGAAUCUUCACUGGCAGUUUUUCACAGUACAAAGAAGUGAAGUAUGCAACCAUAGAAGAACCAUGGUGGACAAAGCUAUGGUUCUUCUUCACUGGCAGGCCUACAACUGGAAAGUGGUUUUAUGGGGAAGGGCUGUCUUCAUCUUUCCUCCCACGCUUUGGAAUUCUCUUUGAAAGUUGGAAGGGUCCUCCUUCGUUUAUCUUUGUUGAUCAGAUUGACAAAAACAGCAUACCAAAGUGGACUGGAAGUGGCAAAAGUGGGAUUGGUAGAAUGCAAGCAGUCAGCUCAGAUGACAGCAAUGAAGAAACCAGAAUACCUAGAUCUAAAAGGCUCUUGGGUUGUACUAGAUCCUCCUAUAUCAUUCUUGAUCUUUUAAGAAGGAUCAGUUUGGGUUUCAUAUCUGGAGCAUACUCAUUGCCGAAAUCAAGCCAAAGCCUUUUCGCAUUGACAAUCACACUGUUACAAUUCAUGUAUCUGUUUUCUCUCAAACCACACAUCAGAAGGGGAGUCAAUGUGGUGGAAAGUGUUUCUCUCUUGUGUGAGGCAGGCAUCUUUGGUCUAUCGCUCGGUAUCAGUAGCUCGAAUCUGGUUGAAGCAAGAAAGUUAGGAUUUCUAAUGUUGGCUCUCCUUUUCUUUACCUUUAUUGUCCAAAUUAUAAAUGAGUGGUAUGCACUGAUCAAAUCAAUAUUAAGACUGUCACAGUCUCGUGAGAAUUCUUUCAAGCUUGGAUUGAAGUUUGCUGCUAAAGGACUUGUCCUGCCUUUCCUUCCAAGGCAGUAUUGGUCGAGAGUCAUACCCGCAACCUCCCAACCAAAAACUGGGCUAGCUCCAGUCCUUCCCUUAAGUCCAGAAACAGAGCUGGAAAGAAGAAAUACAAGAGUACAGUCGGUUAAUCCAAUUAGCUCCAUGACUGCAACAGUAGUCCCUGUGCUCAGUCCUGGCUCACCAGGCCCCAAUGUCAUGCAAACGACAUUUCCCACGAACUCAGAUGCUAUCCUCAGUGGGAUGAGAUCAGGGGAUGGAAAACGGCUAAAGGGAAUUAAAUUUGAGCCCAAAAGCGAGAUGAAGAAGUUAAGGGAGUUGGCAAGGGCUAGUUUCUCAGGGGAUUCAAUGCGCGAGGAAGCUAGUACCAGCUAUGCUUUUCGACCGCACUCCUCCGCUGAUACCUCAGGAAGUUGAGAGCAUUCAGGUCCGACUAGCCAGAAUUUAGCCAUUCAAAUUUCUAUCACUGCUCAUUUUCCAAAACCCUGUACAUCAUUAUUCUAUCGUAGGAAUUUGGGUUUUGAGUGUUC